AUGAAAAAAAAGGUAUUAUUACACACUCAAGUCGAACUUGAUGAAUUAAAAGAAUAUAUGCUAUCAGGUGAUCCCUAUGGAAAUUUAAAUUUAAAUAAGAAUGAAACAACUAAAGAUCCAAGAUUGAUUGAAAAAAGUUAUAAAGUUUUGAUUAGAAAACAUAAAAUAGCAAUGAGCGAAAAAAGAAAACAAGAGACCAAACCAAAUAAAGAUGAACUUGAAAGAGACGAAGAACAUUUUAUAAAAUUAACAAAUUCAUAUAAACUCUUAUCAAAUCGUAGAAUGAAAGAAUUAUAUGAUCAUUAUUACUAUGAAAAAAUGGUAAAAAUAAAUAAAAGUAAUGAAAAAAAUGAAAGUAAUCCUUCAUUUUCAAAAAGUUUAUCUUCAACCUCAACUUCAGCAUCAACAUCAACAACAACAUCACAAACAUCACAAACAUCAAGGUCACACACAUUAUUAUUAUUAAAAGAUUUAUCACAUUUAUUAAUGAAUAUUACAUAUUAUCCAAUUAGAGAAUAUUGUUAUUUCAUUCAAAGUUCAGUUAAUAUUAAUGGAGGAUUCGAUGAAAAUGUAUUUAAUUUUAAAGAGUUACCAAAAUAUGGAUUAGGAAAACUUUAUAGAGGAAUAUUAUUAUCAUCAAUUGGUUUAAAUCAACUCAAUGCUUUUAGAAGUAUUAUAUUGAGCAAAGUUGCUGGUGGUUUAUUGCAAUUAAAACCUCACUCUUUGGUUGGUAGAAUUUUAAGGUUUGCCUCCAAGUUUGCUGUUCUUAUUCCAUUUUGUUUGGUUGUUGACGUUUAUGUUUUGGCACCAACCGAGUAUUCUUUAAUUAAAGUAAUUAGAGAUUGUAUUCUAAAGAGAGGUGGUGACGGUAUCAAAUUUAGUAAUUUAUAUUACUCUUUGUUCCCAUCACUAUCAAUAUUGGUUUCCAAGAAAUUAAUUAGAGGAUCCGUUGAAUUUUUAAAAGAAAGAAUUAGUAAAAAAUAUGAAAAUAAUAAAGAAAGUAAGAAAUUGGCCAUAUUGAAUUCACUAUUUUCAAAUGUUGGUCUAUUAUCAAGUUUCCUGUGUUGCCCUUUACAAGUGAUUUAUAUUCAAUAUCCAAAGUUAAUCAUUAAUUCUUAUUUAGAAAAUAAUAUUAGUUCAAUACCAUCACCUACUUUAAAUCCAAUCUCAAUUGCAAUUGAAAUUUAUAAAAAUAACAAUAACUCAUUAAGUAAAUUCUUUUGUGGUUUAGUUCCAUAUAUAUUAUCAAAUGUUUAUUUACAUUAUAUUACCUCGGCCGCUAUCAUUAAUACUAAUAAUAAAAAGUCAACUUAUGAUUAUUUUGAUAUUUUUUCUUAA